ACUAUCCUACACUCUUAUGUUUCUUCCGAAACACAAAUAUUGACAAAUAUACAGCCGCGUUGCGCACAAAUGUAGUUGGAAGGAGCAGCACCACUGCAGUCAUAUGCUACUCUGCUCCGUUUGGUUGCCAUUUAGCAACGGCCGGUGUGUAAACAUAGAUGGCUAUCUCCAAACCAGAACGUCAAAUUUUGUCAAGACAUUUUCGUGACGUUUUUUCGUAUGAUUCACCACAUGCCCGAAGAUACUUACAUUUUGCAUCUUACAUCGAGUACAAUAAUGAUUAGCGCACUUUGUCUGAGCGUCCGCUGACAUCCGCAUGCUAAUCAACGUCAUCUCGAAAUUGUAGACGAUACUUUUCGUCUGGUCUACUAAGACGUUGAAAUUCCGAUUGAAAAUGGCAGACGAUCCGAAUCGUGACAUCUUGCCUGUGAAGGAAGGCUCCUGCGUGGAUACGAUUAUCAGUGCUUAUAUAGAUCCUAGAGAACGUCAUCUCGUUUGCAAGCUCGAUCGCUAUCAGCUGGAGGAUAAGUAUCUACGUUUACUCGAUGAAGCGAGCAAUCUGAAGAAAUUGUCCAACUGCCAGGAAGACAAGAUUAAGCGGCUCGGGACGAAGCUGAUUAGAUUGGCUGGUAAUCCAAGAUCGUGUGGAUUAAUGUUAGAUAUCGCUAAUGAUAGGAAUAAAACAGCCGCUCUUGAGCUUGAAAAUACCAAGCUGAAGGAGAAAAUCGCUGUAAUGAGGAAUCAAUUGUUGAGUCACACGAUGAGCGGCAGGUCGUCGUCGCGCAGCCGUAAUCUCGUUAGACCAUCAUCUUCCGGGCUUGUGACGUGUCGAAGCGAGAAUAACCGCGUGAGAGCGCCGUCCUGUCAGUGCAUCGUCGGGGCAGGGGAUGAUGAUAACGACAUGCGAAAUUACCUUGUUAAAAUCGAGAAAUUGGAGGCGCAGAAGAAAGAUAUGACAUAUCGUAUAAUGGAAUUGGAGAAAGAACUAGCGCAUUUAACCAAUAAUCAAAAAGAGAAGGUAGCGGAAAAUGUAGAGUAUAUACGGGUGUGGCGACAAAUGAAGCAAUUAAACGAUAAAUUAAUGAUAACCCAGGAGAAAAAUACUGCACUGACUACUGAAAUUAAUGACUUGAAGACAACUCUUGAACUAACUACGAAGAAUAAUCAGGAAAUAGUGGCUGUUCUUUCCUCAGAGAGAACGCGCAUAGCCGAGAUCGAUGACCAGAUGUUGAAGGCAAAGAAUUCACAGUUCACAUUGCGUGAAAAAGAUGAACAGAUACGGGAUCUUAUGAACGAAAUUAAAAUAUUGCAACAACAUAAUAACGAACUUAUUGCGCUUACGUCUAAAUACGGGCAAUUUGAAUUGGAGAAUAUUGAAUUAAAAAAAAGACUUUGCGACGAUGCUCAGGAGCAACAGACUUUAAGGGCUGCUUUCAACAAUGAGCAGGCUAAUAUUAUAGCGUUAAAAGCUACCAAUGAACGAUUACUCGCAAAACUUCAAGAAUUGCAAACAAAUAUAGAUGUUUUGACGGUACAAUUAGCGUCUUUGCAUACGCAAAACAAAAAGCAGGACUUUACAAUAACGGUACCGUCGGAUGUGGAACAAUGUAAAAAAUGUUGCGAAAUGUACGAUAAAAUUAUGCAACUGGAAAAAACUGUUGGUAACACUAGAGAAGAUUGGCAAUCGGUAGAUAAAUCAGUACAGACAAUAGUCAUUACUAGCACAAGGGAACAGGAUGCAAUGAUAAUUUCGAAUAAUGAAAAUAAGACAUCGUCUCAAUCGCCAUUAAAGGAAUGGAAGACGAAUCAGGAAGCGAACGGCACGAGUGUUUUAUCCCGAGAAAAAAUAUUAAAAUUGUUAGAUCAAGCACAAAUUAACACUCCUUUGGAUGCAUCAAGGAUCACUCCUAAGAAAGAAUGCACGGGCAUUUUGGACGUAGCUCAGAGGCACAGGCAAGUCGUAUCCCUCGAGAAGCUACUGUUCGAAUCGAAUCGUUAUACGAGCUGUUCUCUUAAAUCGACUGCCUUUUACUCCAAGAAUUGCAAUUUUGCAUGCAAAAAAAAACCUGCAACCAUCUUAACGAGUUCAUCAAUGAAAGACAUAUUUGGUGCUACUUCCUCUCCCAUGGCUCACAGAAAAUCAUCAUAUCGAGAUAUUAGUAAAGAUUUUUGCGCAGAAAAGAUGGUAAAGAUAAAAAGAUUAAAAUCGCCUCGUUAUCCCAAAUGUAAUUUAACGUGUCACUUGUGCAAAGUGAAGGAUCCACUGUCCCUGCGAGAGAAGCGAAAAUUACCUUGCAGAACCGAAUGUUUGAACGACGGUAUAACGUUACCAGUGUGCCCAAUGGAUCCUUUAUUAAUUACUGACAGACAAGGUCUCAUUGAGAUUCACAUUUCGCGAUUGCAACUUUCUACAUCGGUUACAAAUAUUCCCGACGAAGAAGAUAUAUGUAGUCUUCACAUUUACGUAAGCUGGGAUAUUUGGGGCGAAAAGACCGCUUAUACACCGAGAAUGGAGUGCCCUAAUCUGAUUUUCAAUUCGUCCUUCGUAUAUCGUAUAGCGGAUCUCUUCUCAUUCUUCAAAAACGUACUGUCGGAAUAUCUCAUCUUUCGAGUGAACAUUGUUCGCCGAGACGGUACUAACUACACGUUCGCCCGAGGGAAAGUCUCCAUCAAAGAUAUUUUAGAUUAUCCGCAGAACAAGUUGCAUUAUAUCGUUCCUGUGAACAGUGUAAUUUGUUCUUGCUUCGGCGUUAAUUUCGGGCAACUAUCGUUGUGGGUCCGGUUGAGCUGCAAUGUCGAUAUGGUUGAAGCUUUUAAGAAGCAAUGCGGCAUAAGCUCAUUGAAAGAUACUCUCCAUGCGCCUCCAAUAAAGGACAUAUCUAAGAAUUCUCUUCCUCAACAUUCUACAAGACAUAUCGUUGACAUAGUGUCGUUCAAUGAUCGGCAACAAAAGGAUAGUUCGGUGUCUGAAGAUUCAACGGAUAUCCAAGCGCCAUUAGACUCAAAUUUUCAAUAUGAAAAUGAAAACUCGGACGAGGAAAAUUUUUAUAUCAAUUCAAAUAAUGAAGAAUUGUCCAUCAAUGAAACGAAUAAAAUGUCUGAAGAAGAAAAUGGAACGAUUGUAAUGAAUCUAGAUUACAAAACGGAUAAUAGUAAGGAGAAUAAGGAAAAUAAUGCUUCGAGGGAUUCACCAAGCGUGGCGGAGUUCAAAACAUUAUUGGCGAAUGGUAUUUCGUUGCUCGAAGGAUCAAGCAGCACGAUCCGCGAUAUGGACGAGAUUCUCUCGGACAGAAACUGGGAGAGGUAUAAGCAGAGGAGUCUGCUGACUUUUGCCAGUACACUUAGAGCUAAUUCGUUAAACGUGGAAGCGCAGGAUUACCAAAAUGACAUCUCUACUUGCCGCAAUGAAAAAGAUGCAAUAAUCAUAGAAAUAGUGAGUAUGCAGUUUUUCGACGACAGUUGCGUGAUGCAGGACGAUCAGAUACAUUUGCUUUACGUAGAAUAUUCUUUCCUCGAGAAACAUGGUGAAGAUAUGGAGACCAUUUCCAUGGAAAAACCAAAAACAAGUGCUCAAGAAAUGGUCUACAAAUAUAAGAAAAAAUUUUGGAUAAAUGAAGUGACACAUCCCGUACAAAGAGACAAUUUGCGUGCCAUGUUAGCCGAAGACAUAAGUCCAAAUAUCAAUUUUACUGUUAUUAGUGAACCAUUACCCGAGGACAGGGAAGUUAAAGAUUGCGAAGAAGUGGGUUAUGCAACUUUUAAUAUAAAAAAAUAUGCACUUGGUGAUGAGUGCAAAUAUAUAUUAUUGCCGAUCAAGGAUAAUAAAAAUAGAGAAAUUGGGACGCUGAAGAUCUCUGUGUCUGGUAUGAAUGCUAUUCGACAAUGUUUACCAGAAUUAAAAUAGAUUGCAUUUGGUACGGAUAGCAAUAUGA